CCUUUAUCUUUGUCUGACUGUUUUACAAAAUCUGAAUUAAUUCUUUCUGGUUCCUCCACAGAGUGUCCCCAUGGACCUCAGAGGUUCCUAGUGGUCCAUCUGCUAAGCAGCAUCAGACACAGCUGGACUCCAUAUUUAUGCUGCUGGAGGACAACAUGGUCACUUUUGUGAAGAAGGAGCUGAAGAAGAUCCAGAGGGUUCUGGGUACAGAUUACCCAGAAUGCUCAGAGAGUCAUUGGGAGGAUGAGGAGGUGUUGGAGGGGGAGGAUGAAGAGCAGAGGAGGAGCAGCAGAGAGGCCUUUGUGAAGAUCACCCUGAACUUUCUGAGGAGGAUGAAGCAGGAGGAGCUGGCUGACCGUCUGCAGAGCAGGCUUCUUCCCUCAGUUUUACAACUUAACCAUAAAAACACCUUGAAGAAGAAGUUCCAGUGUGUGUUUGAAGGCAUCGCUAAAGCAGGAAGUCCAACCCUUCUGAACCAGAUCUACACAGAGCUCUACAUCACAGAGGGAGGGACUGGAGAGGUCAAUGAUGAACAUGAGGUCAUACAGAUUGAAACAGCAUCCAGGAAACCACACAGACCAGAAACAACCAUCAGACUAGAAGACAUCUUUAAAGUCCCACCUGGAAGAGAUCAACCACUCAGAACAGUGAUGACAAAGGGAGUGGCUGGCAUUGGGAAAACAGUCUUAACCCAGAAGUUCACUCUGGACUGGGCUGAAGGCAAAGCCCACCAGAACAUCCACUUCAUAUUUCCAUUCACCUUCAGAGAGCUGAAUGUGCUGAAAGAGAAAAAGUUCAGCUUGGUGGACCUUGUUCAUCACUUCUUUUCUGAAACUAAAGAAAUCUGCAGCUUUGAACACUUCCAGGUUCUGUUCAUCCUUGAUGGUCUGGAUGAAAGUCGACUUCCUCUGGACUUCCAGAACCAGGAGAUCCUGACUGAUGCUACAGAGUCCACCUCAGUGGAUGUUCUGCUGAUAAACCUCAUCAGGGGGAAACUGCUUCCCUCUGCUCUCCUCUGGAUAACCACACGACCUGCAGCAGCCAAUCAGAUCCCUCCUGUGUGUGUUGGCAUGGUGACAGAGGUCAGAGGGUUCACUGACCCACAGAAGGAGGAGUACUUCAGGAAGAGGUUCAGAGACAAGGGACAAGCAUCCAGAAUUGUCUCCCACAUCGAGACAUCAAGAAGCCUCCACAUCAUGUGCCACAUCCCAGUCUUCUGCUGGAUCACUGCUACGGUUCUGGAGAAGAUGUUGGAGACCAACAAGAGAGCAGUACUACCUAGGACCCUGACUGAGAUGUACAUCCACUUCCUGGUUAUUCAGAUCAAAGUAAAGCAGGUCAAGUAUGAUGGAGGAGCUGAAACAGAUCUACCCUGGAGUGCAGAGAGCAGGAAGAUGAUCGAGUCUCUGGGAAAACUGGCUUUUGAUCAGCUGGAGAAAGGAAACCUGAUCUUCUAUGAAUCAGACCUGACAGAGUGUGGCAUCGAUAUCAGAGCAGCCUCAGUGUACUCAGGAGUGUUCACACAGAUCUUUCAAGAGGAGAGAGGAUUGUACCAGGACAAGGUGUUCUGCUUUGUCCAUCUGAGUGUUCAGGAGUUCCUGGCUGCUCUCCAUGUCCAUCUGACCUUCAUCAACUCUGGUGUGAAUCGAAUGAAUAAGGGUCAAACCUCCAAGAAACAGAAUCAGAAAAUAAUUCAGCUUCACCAGGCUGCUGUAAACAAGGCCUUGCAGAGUCCAACUGGGCAUCUGGAUUUGUUCCUUCGCUUCCUUCUAGGUCUUUCAUUGCAGACCAAUCAGACUCUCCUAAGAGGUCUGAUUUCAGUGACCGAAGGUACAACCAGUCAAGAAACAGUCCAGUACAUCAGGAAGAGGAUCAGUGAAAACCUGUCUGUAGAGAAAAGCAUCAACCUGUUCCAUUGUCUAAAUGAACUGAAUAGUCAUUCUCUAGUGACAGAAAUCCAACAGUUUCUGAGUUCAGGAAGUCUUUCCACACAAAAACUGUCUCCUGCUCAGUGGUCAGCGCUGGUCUUCAUCUUACUGUCAUCAGGAGAAGAUCUGGGUGUGUUUGACCUGAAGAAAUACUCUGCCUCAGAGGAGGCCCUUCUCAGGCUACUGCCAGUGGUCAAAGUCUCCAACAAAGCUAUGCUUAGUUUCUGUAACCUGACCCAGAAAAGCUGUGAGGGUUUGGCUUCAGUCCUAAGCUCCUCAUCCAGUCUAAGAGAGCUUGACCUCAGCAACAAUGACCUGCAGGACUCAGGAGCCACGCUGCUUUCUGCUGGACUCAAGAGUCCAAACUGUGAAUUGGAAAUACUAAGGCUGUCAGGAUGUAUGAUCGCAGAAAAAGGCUGUAUUUCUCUGGCAUCAGCUCUGAGCUCCAACACCUCCUUUCUGAAAGAGCUGGACGUCAGCUACAACAAUCCAGGAGAGAAAUCAAUAAAGCUACUGAAUGAAAGACUGGAUGAUCCACGCUGUAGCCUGGAAACUCUCAGGGUGGAGCCUGCUGGUGUCCAAUGGUUGAAACAAGACCUGAAGAAGUAUUCCUGUCAGCUAAAAAUUGAUACAAACACGGUGAACAUUAACCUCAAACUGUCUGAAGGCAACAGGAAAGUGACACGUGUGGAGGAGGAUCAACCCUACCCUGACCAUCCAGACAGAUUUGAUCACUGUCAGCUGCUGUGUAGAAAUCGUCUCACUGGUCGCAGUUACUGGGAGGUGGAGUGGCGUGGAAACGUUCGAAUAUCGAUGAGUUACCAAGGAAUCAAAAGGAAAAGAUGUGGUGAAGACUGCGUUCUAGGAUUUAACAGCCAGUCCUGGAGUCUGGGCUGCUCAGAUCAUGACGGUUACUCUGCUUGGCACAAUAAGAGAGUAACACCCAUAUCCUCAUCAUCAUCCUCCUCCUCCUCCUCCUCUUCUAACAGAGUAGCGGUGUAUGUUGAUCAACCUGCUGGCAUCCUGUCCUUCUACAGAGUCUCCUCAGACUCUCUGAUCCACCUCUACACCUUCAACACCACCUUCACUGAACCUCUGUAUCCUGGCUUUAGACUUGGGACUAACUCCUCAGUGAUUCUGUGCGGCAUAUAAAGAGCAUCUGUCAGAGGAUUGACAAAGCAGAGCUCUCUGCUCUGUUUAGAGCUGCAUAAUAGACAGACAGACUCCAUUCUCUCUUUGGCUUCAAGUAAAACCAAGGUGAAGGAGCUCUCUGGUGUAAAUUUCAGCGCCCAAACUAUAAGAAUAGAAAUGGAUGUUCAAUAAACCUUCAAAAACUGUUAAUUAUUCCAUAAAUCUAAAACUUCACAUUGAACACUUUCUCUGUUAGAAAAAGGAGUUGUAAUAAUAACCCCAGGGUUUGGUUUAUCAUGUGAUACUUUUUAUAUAUUAUUAUAUCGAGCAGAUGAUUACAGUAACAUUACUAUUGAACUGCACAGCUGUAGAUCUAAUAUGCAGUUAUAGCUUAAUCCUUAUAUUCUCCGUAAUUUUACUGUAUAUGUAAUAAUAGUCCAGGUUCUGCUAAUGUGCUGUGUGUUAGUUUUUCCAUUGAUUUCUUCAUUCAUGCAUUUGUUUUAAACCAAAUUUUAAUUAGAAAUAUCCCCAGAACAGCCGAAGAUGUGACCAGAACCUUUUCAGGGACCAGAGUCUGAUGCUUCUUUUUAAAUUUUAAUUCAGAGCAGAAAUGCUUGUAGAUGAAGAUUUUCCAUCAUCACAAAAGAGCAGUACCCUCACCCUCAUAGUAGUGCUGAGGGCAGUUUAUCUGUGCUGUAAACUGUAACAUUUGAUAACCAGUUAUCAAAUUAUCUGCUUUUAUUUACACAUAUUCAGUUUUGGAUCUUAAAUGUCUUCCUUGCGGAUUGGCUUAAAGUUAUUUAUUGAUGUCACAAAUGAUGACAUGAUGUGUUUAAUAUUUCUAACACUACAAGCUGAUUCAGGUCAUUUUAACUCAUAUCAGCAACGAGGUUUGGCAACAUUUUUUUAAACACUGUAGCUCUAUACGUAUGAAUAGGUCACUGUUUAACAAUAGAAUUUGUUUUGUAGUGAACUGGCUCUGGGUUUCCUUUAGAAAUGAUUGUAUGGUUGAGGUUGAAAUUUACUUCUAUUCAAAUUAAAAGUUUAUCUGUCUACU